ACUCCACCACCAAGCUCGCAAUCACCUUUCUCUCUAGUCCAGAACCCCAACUUCAAUCACAGAACACGACUGUUUUCAGCAAACAUGGGGGAACCUACAGCAAAUCCGCUCAUUUCAACUGCCCGCGCCUCCGAUACAAGUCCCACAGUUCAACUCCAUCCGCUCGUGCUCCUCACCAUAUCAGACUGUAUUACGCGCCACACACUACGACAGCAAACAGGGCCAGUAGUGGGGGCUAUACUGGGUCAGCAAAAUGGCCAGGAUGUCACAAUGGAGGUUGCUUUCCAGGCAAAGCUAAAGUCCACCGACGAUGGCGAGGUAACGCUUGAUGACGAGUGGUUCAGCAAGCGGUUAGAAGAUUUCAAGGACGUCCACAAGCAGCCAGCGCUCGACAUUGUCGGCUGGUUCACGCUCGGCCCCGCCUCAGGCCCAGAACCCCACGUCCUCCCCCUCCACGCGCGCAUAUCAGAGCUCUACACCGAAUCGCCCAUCCUCUUCCUCUUCCACCCAGAGGCUGCUUUCUCGGAAGCGACAACCGCCGGCAAACUGCCCCUCACUCUCUACGAAUCCGUCUACGAGAAUGCAGCAACCGACCCCAACGACAAGGCCAUGGACAUUGAUGGCGCAGUCCAGGCAAAAUCUAUAAAGUUCAAGGAGCUGGUGUAUUCCGUUGAGACUGGCGAGGCGGAGAUGAUCAGCGUUGACUUUGUUGCCCGCGGAGGUGGUAAUGCGACUGCUAUUGAGGGUUCAGCCGAGUCAACAGCCUCGAACGCUGGCUCCUCCAAGGUUGACGAAGCUGCAGGGAGGAAGACAAAAGGGAAACAAAAGGAGGAAGACAAGGAGAACGACACCCUUGAUGAGUCUACAGUCCUAACAGCAGAAGACGACGAGAUCAUCUCUUCACUCACUGCCAGGAUAAACGCCAUCCGUAUGCUCAGCCGCCGCAUCUCACUCCUUCGCGCCUACCUCUCCUCUCUCCCACCAUCCUACCUUUCCGACCCCACCCUCCCACUAAGCCCCUCCCCAGACGCCACACAUCCCCUCCCACUAAACCACUCCAUCCUGCGCAGCGUCUCCGCCACACUCGCCCGCCUCAACAUUCUCGCACCCCCCGACUCCGUCGCCUUCACCCUCGAGUCCCAACAAGAAGCCUCCGACGUGCAGCUCGUCAACCUCCUAUCCUCCAUCACAAACUCCGUCUCCGCUGCAAGGGAUCUCGGCCGCAAGAGUUCCAUCGUCGAGUACGCCAAGCAACAGAACAGGAUCCGCACACAGCCCAUUGGCAUGUCAGGCGGAUACAGUGGUGGAGGUGGCGGCGGUGACAGUGGCGAGUUCUUCGACACGGUCCUGGGCGGCGGUCAAGGCCGAGGGGGUUUCGCAAAACCGUAUGGGGGCAACAGGUGGUGAACUUCUGACGACUCACACAAAUCUCUCACAAACGUGUCGCUGGUAGAUGGGCUAACGCGGGGCUAGAAAUACUGGUCCGUCGCGUAUCUGUGCGGAUUUGAGGAAUCAGCCCCUCGAAUACGACUUUGAGGAUCAGUUUCAGCACCCGUGGAUUGGCUGCCUGGCGUCGCUGGGCGUGCUACUUGGCUGCUACAUUCUGGCUCCUCUGCUUGUUUUAGUUGUCACGGGCGUUAUUGCAGCUGCUUGCAUCGCGUGGUUCGUUACACUGGGUUCUGUGGUGGUGCUCAGAGUAUGGCGCUGGGUUCAUUAGAUGGAUGGGAAUGAGGUGCCGUGCAUGCAGAGGAUGGAAUUCACGAACUGGCGCACGGGAUGGAUAGGGUGGAUAUGCAUGGCAGUCAUAUAGCGAAACAUGCAUGCAUGCAUCAAUCAUGAUGAACAAGAUGAAUGAGAUUUACG